CGGCUUGCUUUUACUUUCGAAAGAACACGAAGGAAUCGAUACCACUUUCUGUCAUCCGCUAAUCCUGUUGACUAACUGCUCGGUUCCGACAUCCUUCAGUGCUCAAAUAUUUCCGUGCCUUACGCCCCGUAGCCGCCUUAAGGACUCGUAUCAUAAGAUGGCCAGCCACUCUCUGGCACCCAUGGCAAACCGCGUCGCUAACCGCAUGCCAACAACAAUGCGUCCCAGCAUGGUGCCAACCGCACCAGUUUGCCGACGCGGCGCGGCAUCCCGCAUCGUCGCACAUACCUCUGCUGCUGAGGCACCCUCGUGCCAGCAGCUGCGUGAUGCGUCCUCGAUCAAGGCCCGCAUGGAGGCUGCAAACCAAGCCUUGAAGGACGACAAGAUGAUGUGUUACCAGUGCGAGCAGACCAAGGGUGGCACCGGUUGCACCGAGAUCGGCAUCUGCGGCAAGACUCCCGAAGUAGCCGCGCUGCAAGACUUGCUCAUCUACUCCGUCAAGGGCCUGGGCAGCCUUGCUCACCACGCGCGCACCCUGGCCGGCAUUGAAGACGCGCGCGUCAACACCUUUGUGAACGGCGCUAUCUUCUCCACCCUCACCAAUGUCAACUUUGCAGACGAUCGCUUCCUGGAGUUCGUCAACGAGAGUCGCGAGCUGCACGCAAGUCUGUCCGCCAAGCUGGCGGCAGCGGGUGUGACGCUGCCGGCUGAUGCCACCGCGCAGCAGCCCUGGUUCGGGUCCAUGCCGCAUCCGCUGGCUUGGAACUCGCAGCAGGAUGUGGCGCUAGGUGGCGUGGGCGACAUGAUCGAGGUUGGCCUCCAGACCGGCAUCAAGGCUCGUCAGGAGGUGCUCGGCGACACCCUAGCCGGCCUCCAGGAGCUCCUCACCUACGGCCUGAAGGGUCUCUGCGCCUACGCCCACCACGCCGAGGCGCUGGGUCACACCGACCCACGGGUCUACGCCGACGUGCAAGAGUACCUGCACUUCCUCUGCUCCCCCGCCGCUGCCGACGUGGGUGCCGUACUUGACGCCUGCUUCCGCUCCGGAGCCACCAACUUCCGUGUGAUGGAGAUGCUGUCCAAUGCGCACACCUCCACCUUCGGACACCCGGUCCCAACGCCUGUUACCCUGAACCCGGUGCCUGGCAAGGCGAUCCUGGUGACAGGUCACGACAUGCACGACCUGCACAUGCUGCUGGAGCAGACGCAGGGCAAGGGCAUCAACGUGUACACUCACGGAGAGAUGCUGCCCGCGCACGGCUACCCCGGCCUCAAGAAGUACCCCCACCUGGCCGGCCACUUUGGCGGCGCCUGGUAUCGCCAGAAGAUCGACUUCGCUGGCUUCCCUGGAGCCAUCGCGGUGACCACCAACUGCGUGCUGGACCCGCUGCAGGUGUACAAGGAGAACAUCUUCACCAUUAACGAGACGGGUCUGGCGGGUGUGCCGCACAUCGCCGCCGACGCCUCGGGCCACAAGGACUUCAGCCCCAUCAUCCAGCGCGCACUGGAGCUGCCGGGCUUCACGCCCGAGGCGGUGGAGAAGGCGCCCAAGAAGCGAGAUGUCACGGUGGGUUUCGGCCACAACGCCGUCCUCAGCGUGGCCCCGCAGGUCAUCGAGGCCAUCCAGUCCGGCCGUCUGGAACACAUCUUCCUGGUGGGCGGCUGCGACGGCUCCGAGCCGCAGCGCAAGUACUACUCCAAGCUGUACGAGCACAUGCCGCAGAGCACCAUGGUGCUGACGCUGGGCUGCGGCAAGUUCCGCAUCUUCGAUCAGGACUUCGGCACGCUGCCGGGCACUGAGAUCCCACGCCUGCUGGACAUGGGGCAAUGCAACGACGCCUAUAGCGCCCUCGUGGUAGCAACCGAGCUGGCCAAGGUGUUCAACACCGACGUCAACAGCCUGCCCCUCUCGCUGGACCUCUCCUGGUUCGAGCAGAAGGCGGUGGCGGUGCUGCUCACGCUGCUGCACCUGGGUGUGCGCAACAUCCGGCUGGGACCCCGCCUGCCCGCCUUCCUAACGCCCGAGGCGGUGGGUGUUCUGGUGGAGAAGUUUAACCUCAUGCCCGCCAAUGUGGCGGACCCGGCGGGUGACAUGAAGGCUAUGAUGGCGUGCAAGUGAGAAGGCGUACGGAUGAGGUAUGGAUGCAUAAUGGUGCAUUAUGGAUCACGUGCGGAAGGUCCAAGUAGCAUCGAAGAUGGAUGUUGCAUUAAAAGGGGUGCUGGCCGUGGGUGUGGUAUGGAGUGCGAGUACAGAUGAAUGCGUGGAAAAGUGCCAAUGGUGGCAGUGAUGUAGCAUAUUGAACGGUGUAUAGUGGUGGGAUGCACGCUAUGUUACGCAUCGAAAUAUGACAUGAUGUGUUGUUGUCGUGUGCUCUCUGCAAUGACAUAAGAGAAAAUCCGACGGCGAUGUAUUCGUUCAACCCCAACUUGAGAAAGUAUAAGUGCCUGGAGAAAUUACAUGAUUUGCGUCCUAAUAAAAGGGAGGGUACAAUACGGAUGCUUGUGUAGCAUCCAAGCCUCCUGUCGUACGAGCGAUGAUUAACCGAGGACGUAUGAUGACUUAUGCUGUGCUUUGUGACAGUGUUAACAGUUAGGACUGACCGCAUGGUUUCUGUGUUAGACCUCGAGACGAUGUGGCGCAGGUAAAAGAUACAGGUUGUCAUUGAUCGUCAAUUACCGUCAGUGCCUUCGUUUUAGCCCGGUCUUUAGAAUGGCCAAGAUGAUGGAAAACCUCCGCGCCACAAGGCACGGGUUGUAAGUUCGGAACCCCACAUCCUUAUCUGAGACCAAUCCCC